CUCACGUGUGGCUGAGGACUGAUUUUAUUAACAUAUUAAUUGACUUAUUGUUAGUAUUUUAUCAAUCCAGCGUACAUUUUUCUAAAAAGAUCAAGAGAAAUUUGAACUUUCAGACGCUGGUCGUGGCAGGAUCUGGCGAAGAGAGACUUAACUCUCAUUCUGGUCGGGCGUAAAAACAUUAGAGUGAGCGAGUCAGGAGAACUACACCCGUUUGCGCAUCUGCAACAGCCAAUGAACGAACUCAAUUUGAAAAGGGAUGAUCAGUGGCUGCAUCAAUGAACGGUAUUGUACAGAGUAUGUGUUGCCAUUCUCCUCUAGAGGAUACAGCAGUGGUUAGAAGGACUAUAAAACAGUGCGGAAAUUGUAAGCAAGCCUCACAAACCUCUCAAAUAUCGUGCGCAAUAGUCCUUUAGCAGCACAAAGUGUGCAUUAAAGACGAUCGUUUAUUAUAUUUUAUUAAUAUUUUUACAUACACACGUACAAGAACAAAAAAAAAACAGAUUAUACGCGGAAGCAAAUGCAAAACCUCUGGUGAAGUGAAAUUUUUAAUAAAGUUUCUAAACGGAUACCUAUAAACAUGCAGUCGGACGAAGACUAUAAACAUGGAGUCACGGAGAGCUUAUCAUCACCUUCGUCAAGUCGCAUACUUUUUCAUGUGCCAUGCAGAGUUUGCAACGAUCAUAGUUCCGGAAAACAUUACGGCAUUUACGCUUGUGACGGAUGCGCUGGAUUCUUUAAACGAUCCAUUCGCCGCUCCCGUCAAUAUGUUUGCAAAUCGCAGAAGCAAGGAGAAUGCGUGAUUGACAAAACUCAUCGCAAUCAAUGUCGCGCAUGCCGCCUGAGCAAGUGCAUCGAUAGGGGCAUGAACAAGGACGCUGUCCAACAUGAACGUGGACCACGCAGCUCCACCUUGCGUCGACAAAUGAGCAUGUUCAAGGAGGCAGUGUUGAGCUCGACCGAAUUGGGACCAGACCUAAUGGUCAAUCCCAACUUGUAUAAUGGUUUUCCUGUGAAUCCUAUGCUGUUAGCGGGCGUGCCACCACCGCAACCGCUACAUCCGGCUCUAAGACACCCAUUCCCACCGCCGAUGGUUUUGGAUUUAUCAGUAUCGGCACGUACAUCCAAUCAUCCGCUGCAUCAAAAUCCACUUGGAUUCUUUGGACCGAGUCAUUCGGCAUUCGUUAAUACACCCGCUUUUCCACCAACUCCACCACUGAUGGCAGCAGAACAUCUAAAAGAGACAGCAGCUGAACAUCUAUUCAAAAACGUUAAUUGGAUUAAGAGUGUGCAAGCUUUUCGGGAAUUGCCAUUACACGACCAAUUUUACCUGCUGGAGGAGUCUUGGAAGGAGUUUUUUGUUUUAGCAAUUUCUCAGUACCUCAUGCCAGUCAACUUCCAACAGUUACUCUUCGUCUAUGAAUCGGAGAAUACGAAUCGCGACAUGGUGAAUAUUGUGAAAUGCGAGAUUCAUCUCUUCCAGGAGGUGCUUAAUCAAAUGUGUCAACUGCAUAUCGACAGCCGCGAAUAUGAAUGUUUACGUGCAAUUGUGCUCUUCCGCAAUCCAUCCCAGAACGAGGAUACGGCCAAUAACUCUUUUGGCACUGGUGCCAGUGGUAGUCCAAAUUCAAGUUCGUCCGGCGGAUCUCGGGGCCUCACGGAUGCAUACAGGGUGACUUAUUUGUACGAGCAGGCACGCAAUACCCUUCAAGCCUACGAGUUACGUACAAACCCAUCACAACCGAUGCGUUUCCAAUCGUUGAUCACUAUGUUGCCGGCCAUAAGCAAGUUGUCGGGAUUCAGUAUCGAGGAAUUGUUCUUCCGGAAGACAAUUGGCGAGGUCAACAUUGUGAGACUCAUAGCCGAUAUGUACGGCAAACGCACCUUUUAGAAUCGCUGAUCGUUGUUGAUAUUGUGGGAACUAUAGCAAUUAUACUGCCGCAAUUCGUUGUGCAGAAAAUGCGCGCAGGAUCGUUUAAAUUGAAUUAUUGCCUCAACGGGCGUUCGUUUCAAUUAAGUGCUUUCGCCCUCGCAGUGCCUUGUUUGUAUGUGAAAAGUGCUGAUAACUGUGAUAUAAUUUUGUACUUGACAGGGGAAAGCUCAAUUUUACUUUUAAAUUUAAGUAAUCAUUUGAGAGUGAAUAAGUUAUAUAAAGAAGGCUACGCAUUAACAGUGCAUUCGAAU